CUUCAGCUUGACGCAUGUAACCGCAUCCAUAUGGCUCCAGACUGGAUGUGGGAAAUAAGAAAUCUGGGCUUCUAGCGGCCAGAAGCAGAAGUAAGGGUCGGGGAAGAGGUGCUUCUCCUCGGCUGCAGGUUUAGGAGCUCAUCCGGCUCCAAUGAUCUCCUGAAGAAGGGUCGACCAUGGCCGCAGACGUGGAUAAAACGUCCCCGGAGAGAGAGCGCAGGAACGGGCACAAUGGGCAGAAGAGCCCGGGACCUGGAUCCUGGUUCCGCAGAGGGAUGUGGACCCUCCUGGUGGUCUGUGGGGUCCCUCUGGUUGCUUUGGGGAUAAAGCACUACCAAGAUUCCCAGCUCCUCAAACGUCACGAAGAGGCCGUUCGAGCUCUGGGCACCGAGGGCCUGUUUCUCUUCUCCUCUCUGGACACCGACCAUGACCUUCACCUGAGUCCCGAGGAGUUCAAACCCAUCGCCGAGAAGCUCACAGGGAUCAGCGCUCCUGUGGAUGUGGAGGAGGAUGUGGCUGAUGACCCAAAUGGAGAGACUUUGGUUCUGGAGGCCAAGAUGCAGCCUCUGCUGCUGGACUCCAUGACGAAAAGCAGGGACGGCUUUCUGGGAGUUUCUCACAGCUCUCUGAGUGGUCUCCGCUCCUGGACGAGCCCUGCGGUGCCCUCCUCUUCGUUCCCCGCCAGCCAGUUCCGAGUGUUCCUGCCCCCGAAGGGCAGAGGGGAGGUGGGGGACACGUGGUGGCUGAUCCCCAGCGAGCUCAACAUCUUCACGGGUUACCUGCCCAACAACCGGUACCAUCCUCCCACUCCGAGGGGCAAAGAGGUUCUGAUCCACUCCCUGUUGAGCAUGUUCCACCCUCGGCCCUUUAUCAAGUCCCGGUUUGCACCACAGGGCACCGUCGCCUGCAUUCGGGCCAAAAGCGACUUUUAUUAUGACGUCGUCUUCAGGAUUCACGCAGAGUUCCAGCUCAACGACGUCCCGAACUUUCCCUUCUGGUUCACCCCGGGUCAGUUCACCGGUAACAUCGUGCUCUCGAAAGAUGCUUCCCACGUCCGUCACUUCCGCCUCCAUGUCCCCAGUAACAGGUCUCUAAACGUGGACAUGGAGUGGCUGUAUGGAGCCAGCGAGAGCAGCAACAUGGAGGUGGACAUCGGCUACCUGCCGCAGUUGGAGCUGCAGUCCACGGGGCCCUCCACCCCCUCCGUGAUUGUGGACGAGGAGGGAAAUGUCAUCGACAGUCGGCACGGAGGCGGCGAACCGAUCCAGUUUGUCUUUGAGGAAAUUCACUGGACCUCAGAGAUCAGUGAGGAGGAAGCCCUGCGCCGCCUGGAGGUCACCUUCUACCCGUUUAAGAAGGUGCCCUACUUGCCCUUUGCAGAGGCUUUUGAGCGAGCGGCGGCGGAGAAGAAGCUGGUGCAUUCCAUUCUGCUCUGGGGAGCUUUAGACGAUCAGUCCUGCUGAGGGUCGGGGCGAACUCUCCGGGAGACGGUCCUGGAAAGUUCGCCCGUCCUGGCUCUGCUCAACCAGAGCUUCGUCAGCAGCUGGUCUCUGGUCAGAGAGCUGGAGAACAUGCAGGCAGACGAGGAGAACCCUGCACUGAGUGAAAAGGCCCGUUUACAUCUGGAGAAGUACAGCUUCCCCGUGGAGAUGCUGGUGGCGCUGCCCAAUGGAACAAUUGUCCACCACAUCAAUGCUAACUACUUCCUGGACCAAACAGCAAUGAAACCAGAGGACGAAGGGGCGACUUUCAGCUUUUCUGGGGCGUUCGAGGACCCCUCCACUUCCACGUACAUCAACUUCCUGAAGGAGGGGCUGGAGAAGGCUAAGGACUACGUGUCCCAGUAAUAGGUGUCUAUUUGGCACCUUCUGAGAUGCUCAGCCUGAUAAAGGGACUCUUUGACCCAGGAUGGGGAGAUUGGCUCCAACAAGCAUGUAGAGAAGGGGCCCGUUCUUCGUACGUUGCUUAAAACAUCCAAGAUUAAAUGACACAUCCGAGAUGAUUUCAUCCGGCUAAUCAUGAUCCGGCUAAUUGGGUUCUUC